GUUCCGCCUAUAGUUUGCUAUUGUUGCGCCUCCAUUGUUAUGACCCUCGUGAACAAGUUUGUCGUGUCAGGCGCAAACUUUUCGAUGAACUUCUUGCUCCUCUGUAUUCAAUCGACUGUGUGUGUCGCAUGCGUCACUGUUGUAAAAAAACUCGGAAUUAUUUCCUUUCGGGCAUUUGAUAUGCAAGAUGUGAAGGCGUGGUUUCCUAUCAGCUUCAUGCUUGUCUUUGUCAUAUACACGGGUUCAAAGAGCUUGCAAUACCUCUCGAUCCCAGUGUAUACUAUCUUCAAGAAUUUGACGAUCAUACUCAUCGCGUAUGGCGAAGUUCUCUGGUUUGGGGGACGGGUAUCUGGGUUGACUUUUGUCUCGUUUAUAUUCAUGGUCAUAUCCUCCAUAAUAGCUGCUUGGUCUGACAUCUCUAUGGCCAUGGAAGAUGCUACAUCUAUGGGGUUCAAUGACGUUACCUUGGAGAACUUAAGGUCGAUGACCGGCGCCGUACAGCAUCUGAACAUUGGUUACUUUUGGAUGCUGGUAAACUGUUUAACGAGCGCGGCCUAUGUCCUCACGAUGCGCAAAAAAAUUAAAGUAACGGGCUUCUCCGACUGGGAUUCUAUGUUCUAUUCCAAUCUUUUGUCAAUACCAGUCCUCUUAGUUUUCUCUAUGAUCGUGGAGGAUUGGGGCUCCGAAAGUCUCGCUCGUAACUUUCCAGCAGAUACACGGCACAUCCUGUUACUGGCCAUUGCAUUUUCGGGCGCGGCUGCCGUUGGCAUCUCGUUUACUACUGCCUGGUGUAUCAGAACGACCAGUAGUACGACCUACAGUAUGGUGGGAGCUCUGAACAAACUCCCUGUUGCAGCUUCUGGGAUGUUAUUCUUCGGAGACCCUGUGACGUUAGGAUCUACAUCGGCCAUUGGUGUAGGAUUUUUUGCUGGUGUCCUUUAUGCGGUGGCGAAGAACAACCAGAAGAAGGCAGAGGUUCGAGGACAAGGUGAUUCGGUCAUUCCUUUAACCAACCGCAAACCGUGA